CUCAAUCUGGCCGGCGCAGGCAGCGCCGCGGACAGCCCCGGCCGCCAAGAGGUCCCGCGCGGCCUAGGCGGUGAUGGCGACGGCUCUGUGGAGACGUGGCUGGCGCUUCCGCUGGCGUGCACCCGCCGCGGCAGGCAGGGUGCGGGGCGCAGCGGGGGCCGCAGCAGCAGGGCAGCGGAACUAUGACCUCCUGGUGAUUGGCGGAGGAUCUGGUGGCCUGGCCUGUGCCAAGGAAGCUGCUCAGUUGGGAAGGAAGGUGGCUGUGGCUGAUUAUGUGGACCCUUCCCCCCGAGGUACCAGGUGGGGCCUUGGCGGCACCUGUGUCAAUGUUGGCUGCAUCCCCAAGAAGUUGAUGCACCAGGCAGCCCUACUGGGGGGCCUGAUCCGAGAUGCCCAACACUAUGGCUGGGAGGUGACUCACCCCAUCCCACACAACUGGAGGAAGAUGGCAGAAGCUGUUCAGAACCAUGUCAAAUCCUUGAACUGGGGACACCGAGUCCAGCUGCAGGACAGAAAAGUUGACUACUUUAACAUCAAAGCCAGCUUUGUCAAUGAGCACACAGUGUGUGGCGUCACAAAAGGUGGGAAGGAGACUCUGCUUUCAGCUGAUCACAUCGUCAUCGCUACUGGAGGACGGCCAAAGUACCCCAUGCAUGUUGAAGGUGCCUUGGAGUAUGGAAUUACAAGUGAUGACAUAUUCUGGCUGAAGGAGUCCCCUGGAAAAACGUUGGUGGUUGGGGCCAGCUACGUUGCCCUGGAGUGUGCCGGCUUCCUCUCUGGCAUGGGCCUGGACACCACGGUGAUGAUACGCAGCAUCCCUCUGCGGGGCUUUGACCAGCAAAUGGCUUCCUUGGUCACAGAGCACAUGGCGUCUCAUGGCACACAGUUCCUGAGAGGCUGCACACCCUUGCAGGUCAGGAGGCUCCCUGAUGGCCAUCUCCAGGUGACCUGGGAGGACCGUGCCUCUGGCAGGCAGGACACGGGCACCUUCGACACCGUCCUGUGGGCUGUUGGUCGAGCUCCAGAAACCAGAAGUCUGAAUUUGGAGAAGGCUGGAGUAAAUACCAACCCCGACAAUCAGAAGAUCGUGGUUGAUGCCCGGGAAGCCACCUCCGUGCCCCACAUUUAUGCCAUUGGAGACGUGGCGGAGGGGCGGCCUGAGCUCACGCCCACAGCCAUCAUGGCAGGGAAGCUUUUAGCCCAGCGGCUCUUCGGUCAGUCCUUGGAUCUGAUGGAGUACGACAACGUUCCCACGACAGUCUUCACCCCUCUGGAGUAUGGCUGCGUGGGGUUGUCGGAGGAGGAGGCUGUGGCUCGCCACGGACAAGAGCAUGUCGAGGUUUAUCACGCGUAUUAUAAACCGCUGGAGUUCACCGUGGCGGAGCGGGAUUCGUCCCAGUGUUACAUAAAGAUGGUGUGUCUGCGGGAACCCCCACAACUAGUGCUCGGCCUGCACUUCCUCGGCCCCAAUGCAGGCGAAGUCACUCAAGGAUUUGCUCUGGGGAUCAAGUGUGGGGCCUCCUACGCACAAGUGAUGCGGACAGUGGGUAUCCACCCCACCUGUGCCGAGGAGGUGGCCAAGCUUCGCAUCUCCAAGCGCUCGGGCCUGGACCCCACCGUAACGGGCUGCUGAGGUUAAGCUGCCAUCCCUGCAAGGACCGGGCACCAGCGUACAACUACCACCGCUACUGCUGUCGUCACCGACGCCAGACCUCUCAGAGCCCCCAUCCAGGUACGCGUGUGUGGAAAGCUGUGUUUGUGGAUGAGCACGUGGGUUGGGGUGUCUGAGGCCACUGAGAGCUACUCUCACCAGGCACAUGGCAAGGGCUGCAUCUGCUGUGCCACCAUGAGCCAGUGAGGUCUGUGCCCUGUGUCAAGCCCACAGUGGCUGAGAGGCAAAGCUGAGCCCUGUCCUUCCCCUGCUCAGGCCCCGCCCUCUGCGGUGCACCCCGACGCAGAGAUGCUCAGGGCGGGCUCAGAGUCGCUGGUCACCGUGGGCUGCAGGCAUGGCUCCCAUUUCUUUCAUGCCCAGAAGGUGGAGACGCUGCCCCUUGCACACCACCCAUCUACACAUCUGGUUCUGUUACAACUUUUCAAAAGCCGGACUGAAGGAGCGGUGGCUGGAAGCCUCAGGGGAUUUUGUUCAUCUAAAACUCU